UCACCUCGUUAUGUGGAAAGAACAGACUUUUAUUAUUCAUUUGGAUGAUGAUGCCGUGCCUGAUUAUCAUCGCUUAUAAAAAAGGCGUGAAUGACACGUUAGCUUUCGGUGUUCAACUUGUGCGUCCAUCAGUCAUGUCAGUAAAACAGAAAGAGGUUGUUCAUACAGUUGAAUACAUUCUUGAUCAAAGAAGACAAAGGGUGCAAAGCGUUUGUGCACGUAUAGGUAUUGUGUCAAAUAAGACGUCAGAACUAUCUGGUGUACCGUCAGCAAAUUUGUCAUAUUGUGCUGUGCAAAAAGCCGGAUGUACUAUGUGGAUAAGAUUAUUCAAGUUUAUGGCAGGACAAAAAAGGGAAACAGGAAAUCCAAUGACAUUGACAAAAGAUUUGAUACAUAACCACGCUCCAAACUUCUAUAAGACAUUCCGGCGUACUGGCAACGAGGAUAGAUUAGCACAUUCCGUUCGGACAAUGACUGUUAGGAACCCAUACACACGAUUAUGGUCCGCUUAUAUUGAUAAGUUCUUACUACCGGAUUUUUGGUUUUCUAAAGGACUGCACAUUAUAAGAAUGGUACGCAAAAAUCCUCAGAUAUUUUCAAAAAAAUGUGGACAUGACGUUACAUUUCCAGAAUUCAUAGAAUAUGUGAUCACCAUAGGACAUAAGUUUGACUACUGGAAUCAGGACAAACAUUGGUUACCUGCAAGUGAUAUAUGUGAUCCAUGUGUAUUUAAGCCCAGUAUAAUUGGGAAACAGGAAACAUUCUUGCAAGAUUUGAAGUACACCCUUUAAACCGUUCGACUAGAUUAUCUUUUACCUAAUAUAACAUCGAUAGAUCAUAUCGAAUAUGAAAUUAAAGAUGCAAUUGACUACAACUUCAAAAUAUUUCCAAGGGUAAAGAACUGUAUAGAUACUUACGAAUUGUGCAAAAGAAUUUGGACAGCGUUUAUCUUGAACGGUUAUCUGCCAUCAGAAGAACCUUUCCCGACCAAUAUUUAUCACGACAGUUUGAACUCGGACUCUUUUUAUGAACUUGUUAAAAGCGUACGAUCAAAGUAUAACACUACACACGCCAAUACAAAAGAAAGGCGUAAACAUGCUCUUAUAACUGCAUAUAAACAGAUUAAUGGAACCAAGAUGAAUGAGUUAAAGAAGCUCUAUAAGAUGGACUUUGAACUAUUUGAUUAUAAAUCGGAGCUGGAAAUAAUGUAAGAAUGAAAUGAUGUAAGGAUAAGUUUUGAAGUUUUGAUAUCAAAUCAGAGAUGUACAACAUUGGUAACAAUAUAUAAUAGAAGUACAAUAUCAAUGCAAUAUUAGUUCAAAUGAUCCCAAGUU